UUCGGAUAAGUGGGGUUCUCAACUUCUCAUCCGUUGCUAUUUGCUAGGUGCCAGAAAGCUUCAAACCGCAGUCAACGUAUCAAGAGAAGAAGAAGAAGAAGUAGAAGAAGAAGAGAUGGAAGCGAAUCAUGGCGGUUUCAGCGAAGAACCGAACGACACUCAAAGCGCCGACGUAUCACCCUCUGAGACAACGCCAAUAGCGAAAGCGCCGGAACCUAGGUUCCCGGAGCCGGUACCUCCGUCUCCGGUGGCGGUGCCUAUGAAGGAGGAGCUCGCGGACUCCGAGAAGAGCCUUGAGGAGCGUCUCCAGGUGGCGAUUGUUCCCACGCCGGUGGCAAGGAGGCCGUCGAAGGACCGCCACACGAAGGUAGAGGGGCGCGGCCGGAGAAUCCGGAUGCCGGCGACGUGCGCCGCCAGGAUCUUCCAGCUGACACGGGAGUUAGGCCUCAAGUCCGACGGGGAAACAAUACGGUGGCUGCUGGAACAGGCUGAGCCGGCCAUCAUCGAGGCCACCGGUACAGGAACGAUCCCGGCAAUCGCGGUUUCGGUGGGUGGCACACUCAAGAUCCCAACGACGUCGACGGCGACGCCACAAGGCGAAGAAGAGGCGUCGAGAAAACGAAGAAGAAGGGCAUCGAACAGCGAGUUCAUUGAUGUGAAUGAAGAACAACAAUCCUCAGUGUCUUCGGGUCUCGCACCAAUCACACAAACCGCAUACGGCGCUAGUUCUAGUGGUGGUGGUGGACUCGUUCCAAUGUGGACUAUUGGUGGCGGUGGUGGUGGUUCUAAUGGUCCUUUUUUCAUGUUCCCAAAUGCUGCUGCUACUUCUUCCGGGGAUGGUGUUGCGAACCAUCCUCAUUAUUGGGCUUUUCCAGCGAAUGCGGCGCCGUAUUUCAACGUUCAAGCUCGGCCUAUUUCGGGGUUUGUUGCGGCUGAGCAAUUAGGCCAUGUGGUAGUGCAGCAGCCGCAGCCGCAGCCGCAGCCGCCGCCGCCUAGUUGUUGUUCUUCUAAUGGCUCUGCUAACUCUUGUUCUACUCUGGCUCCUAGUUUGAGCUCUGGAACCAGUGCUACUAAUAAUGGCUCUACUUCUACUUCUAGUGCUGCUACUCAGAUGCUUAGGGAUUUCUCUUUGGAGAUUUACGACAAGAAAGAGUUGCAAUUCUUGGCUUGCUCUUCCUCUUCUUCUGCCGUUGCUGAAGCUAAGUUGGAACAACCACCACCUCAGACUCUCAGUUCUAAGCCUUCAAACUGAAGAGAAUAGAGGCCUUUUUGUUUUUAAGGUUUUUUAGGAAGAAAAUGGACAGGGGCAGUUUUGUGCAACCUGGGUUUUUGUUUGUUUUGGUUAAUGGAACACAUUCUUCAAAAUUCAA